AUGUCUAUAAUUUAUGGCUUAGUAGCAAGAGACAAAACAGUACUGGCAGAAUACACCGAAUUCGGAGGCAACUUUUCCAACAUAAGCAGACUGCUUCUGGAAAUUAUCCCCCCCCACUCCGCGAGGAAAUCAUACAUCUACGAUGACUACGUUUUUCACCAGCUCAUGAAAAAUGGCAUCACGUUCAUGGCCAUGACGGACAAGGAACUGGGCUUCCUAACCCCCUACGCUUUUCUAGAAGAAAUAUCGAAAGUCUUCUUUAAGCACUUCAACUACACGUCCGACUUUAUCACCCUGUCGCUGGAUGAAGAGUUUAAGCCCGUUUUGAGAGAAAACAUGAGAGUCUUCAACAACUACGAAUCGAACGAUGUGCAUAACCUAAAAAACAAAAUUAGCAACAUACAAAAUAUCAUCAUCGAGAAUAUCGAAAAGAUACUGGAGAGGAGAGAAAAAAUUGAUAUACUAGUUAACAAGAGUGAAAAAUUAUAUCAAGAAAAUAUAAGCUUCAGACGGCAAGCCCUGAGGCUAAAUUUUUUUAUGUGGAUGGAAGACAACAGAUUUCUUAUUUACUUCAUUUCGACCCUAGGCAUUUUUGUUUUUCUCAUUUGGUCCUUCUACAACGUGUAA